AUGCAUGGGCUCGGCCUCCUCGUCCUGCUGACCAUGGCUGGAAUGGUGCAUGGGACAUGGGACAACUGCGGAUGGACUUGCGGCCUCCGACCCAUGGUGUCUGACUCCAUACCUCAUGAGGAUGGCAUGACACGUAUUGUGGGUGGCACAGGUGCCAAGCCAGGGGCCUGGCCGUGGAUGGUCAGCAUCCAGCAUCCGAUGAUACCAGGUUCAAAGCAUUGGUGUGGAGGGUCUCUCGUCAAUGAAGAGUGGGUCCUCACAGCAGCCCACUGCUUUGACAGGAUCAAGAGAAUCAGCAUCUUGAAUGUGGUGAUUGGGGCCACCCAGUUGACUCAGCCAGGGCCUGGGGCACAAGUGCGCAAGAUUAAGAAGCUAUUUCGUCACAAAAAAUAUAAGAGAAGCGAUAUAAGUAAUGACAUUGCCUUGCUAGAACUGAAUGAGCCUGUUGACUGCAGCCCCUACAUCCAGUUGGCCUGUGUGGCUGACCCCACCCUAAGAGUCUCAGAGCUGCAAAACUGCUGGAUUGCUGGUUGGGGUUUAACCUCAGAAGGAGAUGAAGACUCAAGUGAUCACCUCCAGGAGGCCAAGGUCAAGCUCAUCGAUCUCCAGCUCUGCAACAGCAGUGGAUGGAAUGCAGGGGAAAUCCAUCCGUACAACUUGUGUGCUGGUUACCCAGAGGGCGGCAUCGACACCUGCCAGGGUGACAGCGGUGGUCCUCUCAUGUGCCAGGACAACAAUGCUGACUACUGGUGGGUUGUCGGAGUGACCAGCUGGGGGAAAGGCUGCGCCAGAGCAAUGCGGCCUGGAGUCUACACCUCCACUCAGGACUUCUAUGACUGGAUUCUGGCCCAGAUGGGGCUGAGCCCAUUUGGAACCAUGAAUUGGCUCGGCCUCCUCGUCCUGCUGACCGUGGCUGGAAUGGUGCAUGGGACAUGGGACAACUGCGGAGGGAUAUGUGGGCUCCGACCCAUGGUGUAUGAGUAUGAGUACCUGGAUCAUGACGACGGUGACAGUACAACACGCGUCGUGGGUGGUGCAGAUGCCAAGCCAGGGGCCUGGCCCUGGAUCGUCAGCCUUAAGCAUCCUGCAAUACCAGGCACAAGACACCUGUGUGGAGGGUCUCUCAUCACUGCAGAGUGGGUCCUCACAGCAGCCCACUGCUUUGACCCCAUCAGGAAAAUUGGCGUGGUGUAUCUGGUGAUUGGGGCCACCCAGCUGACUAAGCCAGGACCUGGAGCGCAACUGAGACGGAUUAAGAAGUUAAUACGUCAUGAAAACUAUAAUCCAAGUGACAAAAGUUAUGACAUUGCCUUGCUGAAACUGAGCAAGCCUGUUGACUGCAGCCCCUACGUCCAGGUGGCCUGUGUGGCUGACCCUGCCCUAAGCCUGUCAGAGCUGCACAACUGCUGGGUGGCUGGCUGGGGUGCCACUGCUGCAAGAGCUCAAAACUCAAGUGAUGUCCUACAAGAGGCCAAGGUCCAGCUCAUUGAUCUCCAGCUCUGCAACAGCACUGGCUGGUAUGCAGGGAAAGUCCACACCCACAAUGUGUGUGCUGGUUACCCACAGGGCACCAUCGACACCUGCCAGGGUGACAGCGGUGGUCCUCUCAUGUGCCAGGAGAAGGACAGCGACUUCUUCUGGGUUGUUGGAGUGACCAGCUGGGGAAGAGGCUGUGCCAGAGCAAAGCGGCCUGGAAUCUACACGUCCACUCAGUACUUCUAUGACUGGAUUGUGGCCCACAUAGGCACAGAGAAUGUUUAA